AUGUCAGGUCUACAGAAUGAGAUCACUGAAUCUCAAAAACAACAAGAUGAAAAUGUUUCCGAGGAAGAAAAAGAAAAAUUAAUAAAUAAAGUAGUAGAACUUCAAGAAGGCUUAAAAGCUCUAGGAGAACGCGUUGAAUCUGUAAAACAAGAUUAUGAUCAAAAGCAAGCUGGUAAUCAGAUUCUUCAAACAUAUAUCAACAAUUUAAUGUCUUCGAAUGUGUUAUCUUCUGCUGGUGCUGGCGCUGGCGCUGGCGCUGUUUCUGGUGGAAUUGGCAAAAAGGAUGGUUAA